ACAUAUGUACAAUGGAAAAUUCCGAAUCUUUUCCAGAACUAAAACAAGCUUUUUAGGUCAAUUUGGAACUAAUCGAUCGAGAAUUACUAAUAAAUGCAAUAAUCCAUUGUUUCCUUGCGAGUUAAUACCAAAAAGCAUGGUGAUGAAACGAGACGUUUGCAUAAAUCGAGGUUACGUCAGCCGCAGGCGAAACGAUUAACCGACUUUAGCAAUCAGCUGUUUUUUCGCUAAACACCAAAGUACAUCUCUCACUGUGUGACUAUCAAAACACUCAGAGGCUACAACUGGGGUUAUAAUUGGUAAUUGAUUCAGUGAUUUUUAGUGGACAGUGUACAAAUGGAUGACUAUUAUCGAGAUGUCACGUCCCUACGAUUUCUUCACCCAGUGUCGAACCGUGAUAGAAACGUUCGCAGACAUGCUAUGGACGGAAUCAUUCAGACUAUGGAAACAUGGUUGACUGGAAAUUGCACGCCGUUUAAUUCGUUAGAACAAAUAAACGGAAAUUCGAUCAACGGAAACUUCGCAAUCGCCAAGUUGCAGGAGCGUUUGCCAGAUCUGCUGCGACUGCUGGUCAGCUGCCCGUUCAAAGAUGUGCGCGACAAAACAAAAGGCUUGUUGGAAGAUCUGAAGAAAAAAGGCAAGGGAAAAGGUGUGAAGAUUCCGAAAGGUCUGGUUGUGGCGAGCUCUUUUAUUCCGGAGAAGGCGAUUACUCCAAUAGACACAAAGGAUGACCAUACCCAAAUGUUGUUCAUCGACGCCUUCCUGCAAAACAACAGACUGGACCAUGUUACACAAGUGAUGGGGUAUCACCCGCAUUAUUUGGAGUGUUUCCUGCGGACGCAGCAGUUUUUGCUACGAGGGGAUGGACCUUUGCCCUACCACUUCCGUCACUAUAUUGCAAUCAUGGCGGCAGGUCGGCACCAAUGUAGUUAUCUAAUCAACCUGCAUGUGCAGGAAUUUAUCCUGGCGGGAGGCGAUCCAACAUGGUUGAAUGGCCUACAGUGCAUACCGCAGAAGCUUAGAGACCUCUAUGAAGUCAACAAAAUUCUCGCACACAGGCCGUGGUUAAUAUCAUCUGACCACAUAGCGAAAUUAACUAAUGGAAAAGACAAUUGGUCUGUGUCGGAGCUCGUUCACGCGUUGAUCCUUCUAUCCCACUUUCACGCGCUGUCAAGUUUUGUGUACGGCUGUGGCAUAACUCCAGAGGUCGACCAUGAGGGGGGGUACACAUAUAAUGGCAAAUCCUCCUCCGCCUGCAAGUCUCCCUGUCACAACAACUCGCCUUCAUCAUCAUUCUCAGAGAGUGGCGGCGAGUUAGGUAUCAGUGUAUUGAUGGAGAGAAUGAAGCGGCUGACGGAGACUGAUAGCUCGGACAUGACCUCGGAGGAAUUGUUGCAACAGUUUGAGAAUGUAGAAAACCAGAGCGCGGAGAUCGCUGCCAGUGCACACAUCCCAGCACCAAAGAAGGAUGUCCUAAAAUUCAUAAAAGAGCCGGACUUUGUAUACCAAGACUUCGCCAAGCGGAGCAACGCCAGUUCGAUCCCCUCAUUCCGGGCACAGGAGUACACGUGGGAGGAUCAUGGAUUCUCGAUGGCAAAUCGAUACUACUCCGAAAUCGGGACGCUUCUUGAUGACAAAUUCACAUGCGCCUAUAACCUAACCUAUUACACAAUGGGCGACAAAAUGAAUGUGGACACAACGAUGUACAGACGAGCAGUGUGGAACUACAUUCACAUCAUGUACGGCAUCCGUCAUGAUGAUUACAACUACGCGGAAACAAACCAAAUGCUGGAACGGAAUAUGAAAGCGUACAUCAAAACGGUGACUUGUUACCCAGAGCGCUUGACGAAGAAAGAAUAUGACAACGUUAUGAAAGAGUUCAAACACUCCGAGAAGGUUCAUGUGAACUUGAUGUUGUUGGAGGCGAGGCUACAGGGGGAGCUACUGUACAGUUUGCGUGCGGUCAUGCAGCACAUGACCUGAACACCCCCUAGUCAUAGACCACCCACCCUUCUGUGACCUGCCCCAUGCUUCCAUCAGGGUGCUACAAUCUUCCCUUCUGUAUCCGACGAUCGAUCAAUUCUACAGAUCGAUCAAUUUGUUAUGAGAUGAUUAUCGACUCCUUGGUUGUUGAAUGAUGAUUUAAUAUUAUUAUCGGAUAUUUCUGAAUACCAGUAGUUAUGGGACAAUCGUCAAUAGUAAUCAGACGAAUCGUUAUUCAUGAUUGACAUAUGUUAUCGGAUAACCAUCACCGGUUAUCGGACGAUUGUUAUUGCUUAUCGGAUGAUCAUCAAUGAUUCGCGUAGUCACCAAGGACUCUUGGCCAGUGCACUCACAUAUCGUUAUGCAGACUUCAGCAUUUUGGACAAUUUGUCGUUUGUAUUAUGAUUUGAAUAAUACUUAUUAGUAGUGUUACUGUAAUAUAUAUUAUGAAUAAUUUAAUUUGACCGAUUUUGUUGUAAAAGUCAAAAUUUUGUUCAAUUGUUACUUUGAAAUAAUUUAGAUUUUUUUUAUUCUGUUUUUGCUUAUUUUGUUUUAGUAUCCAGUGAAGAAACUGGGCAUUAUUAUAAGUAAGUGUUCAUCGAUUGAUACAGGUAGUGUGUGGUUUUGUAUUAGCAGUCAAAAACAAAUGGCAAAAUUUCAAAUUUUGUACUAUUCCAGUUUCUCCUAUAGUUAAAGGGAGGGAACUCUUAUGUGAAGUUUGUUUUAAAUGACAAUCUCCAUGCAGUGGUUACUUCCCUUGGUAUAUAUAUUUAUAACAAAAAAAAUAUUUAAACAAUGCUUAAAAAGUCUUCAGUUUAUAUUAACAUAAAAAACAUUAUUUUAAAUGUAUUAAAAAAAUAAGUUUUUUUGUCAGAUGUUGAAAUACUGUUGAGUCAUCAUUAGCAAAAAUCCCUGCUUAGGAGAUUGUAAAAAAUGAAUGUGAUUAUUGAUUAUUGACCUUUGUUGGGGUCAAAAUCUGUGAUAGCUUAGUAUUUUGUUGUCUAUUAUUUCGUUUUUUGGCCUGCGAACAAAUCGUUCAAAUGGUGACUUAUGUGAUAUAUGCUAUGUAUAGGAUUUUUUGAUGUUUUGAAAUGUAACUGUUCGAAGAAAUCAAUUCAUCAAAUUUUCAUGGGGGGAAAAAUAAAUAUUUUAUUUAAAGAUAUAAUUAUCUACUCUUAAUACACAUUUUUAUGUACAGUGCUUUAUUAUUUUUUUAUUAUUCGUUGCUCUAUAAUUAAGAUAAGAUAGUCUGGAGUCAGUUUUGAAUUUUGUGAUAUGCUACCAUUUUGAGGACUUCAUUUUAAUACACAAUACUAUAACAUGUUAAAAUACCAUCUAUUAUUAGGAAAAAAUUGCUCUUAAAUAUUUAAUUUUUGAUUGAAAUAAUUCCAAUUAUAAAAGAGACAUAUUUCCAUGAUUUAAAAGACCACGAAUUUCAAUGAUAAAAAAGAAAUGAAUUUCUAUCAUUUAAAAGAACACAAAUUUUCAUGAUUAAAAAAAAUAAUCUAUCAUUUAAAAGAACAAGAAUUUUUAUGAGAAAUAUAUUCCAUAAGGAAAAAUAAUUUAAAGAAAAUCAAUUUUGUAAGGUAAUGAACAUGAAAAGAACCAUGCUAUGAAUCUAUGAGUGCUUUAUCGUAAAUCAAAUGCAAGUUUGAAAUUAUAUAAAAAAAUGUUUUCUAUAUAUAUAUUAUUUUUUUCUGGGUGUGAUGCAACUUGUAAUUACCUCAAGUUAAUCUUCCAGUAUUACUGAUACUUUACCUUUGAAAAUUGUGUCUAACAUUCAUGGUAAUCCUGGAGGGACUCGGUCACAGAUUUGAUGUUGGAAAACAUUCUUUAUUAUAACUUCGCUUAAGCUAUUUAACGGAAUUUUAUUAAUAAUCACCAAACAGCAACUACCAAAUACUCAUUUGAUCAGAUUCUUAUAAUUUUAAUCUUAAAAUAUUUUCUUUCUUUUUUAAAUCUAUAGCGUACGAACCCUUUUCGGCAAAAGAAACAAUUUUUUUGCAGUUUAAAUAAAUGUUUAAGUUCAAAGCUAUGAAAUAAAACAGUUAUGAUGUUUAAGUAUUGAAACAAGCAUUUUGGUCAAACACUGAAAAUAUAAUUUUUCCAAUACCUAACCUUUUCAAAUGUGAAAGGGUCCCUCUAGAAAUGCGACUAACAUUCAUCUUUUUCUACUUAAUGAUCAUUAAUAAGUUAAUUUUUGUUACGCUUUCUAAGAAUGAAUUUGUUUUCGUUUAAAGGAACUAGUUCACUGAGAUUGUGAUUGUAAUAGUUGUGUCAAUUUUGAUCUAAAGAGUCCAUGAGAUUUCUGGUUUUAACAUUUGUACAGUCAAAAUUCUAUAAACGGUGGUCAUUAUAUGAAAAUUACAUUUUCAGUGUACUUUAAGAUAAUUACCAAUUUAGCAAAAGUUCACUGUAAAAUUUCAAAUCAUUUUUUCAACUUACUUUAAAAUUAUCAAAUGAUAAAAGAUAAUUACAAAUUAAGCAAAUUUUCACUUUAAACAAAUUCCAUUCAACUUUUCUUUUGAAGUCAUCAAUUGAUGGAAAAAAAUAUGUCUCAUUUCAUGUUUUGCCGUUUUAAUGUCUCUCGUCAUAUUAGGGUAAAAUACCCAACAUGUAUUAUCAAUUAUUAUUGAUGGUUAGCAUAGAUUCAUCAUGAAAAGAAGGCUAGUCUUUAAACAUGGCAUGGCUGUGAAUUUUUUGUGUACUUUCGGGUGGAUUAAGGCUUUAUAUUCAUGUGUUCAUGCACAUUCAUACGUUUGUAAUUUAUCAAAUUUCGAGGUGUUAAAGCUGCAUUCUCACAAAUUGACAGUUUUGACUUUUUUUAUAGUUUUUGUCUCAGAAUCAGCUUAUUUUGGCAUCGGUGCCUUCAGUUCAGUCAUAUAAGAUAGCUAACUAAAGAACAGAUUUCAGUUGUUUGGAAAACUGCCGAAAAACUCACUUUUCCUGAAAGCACUCAACGCUUUUAGCUAUAAAAGUUUAAUUUUUGAACGUAAAUAUAAAAAAAACUGCAAUAUGCUAUUUUGUCACCAGUCUUAAUAUCACUGGUUUCCAGAUAUUUAGACAAAAAUUGGUUCAUUCCAAGACAAAAAAAAUUUUUUUUAAAUUGUCGAAACAAUUAAACUGUGAGAGUGCAGCUCUAAGGCAUAAAAAGGAUGUACCCGUUCCUAGUAGUUUAGACCACCAUUGUUAGAUUAGGCCAAAAAUAGUAUAUUGUUUGUUUGAUGUUUCACUUCGGACAUUUUAAGGUAUGCAGGUAGGAGAUAUUUUACUUUCUAGCCGCUUAGUUUCGUAAUGAAAAAUGAAAACAAAAAUAGAACCACCAGAUACGCUGAAAAGUCUCUUUUGGGUUUCUGUUUUUUUUGCGAGUCAGUUGGGAAACUUCAAACAAACUUUAAUUUAUUGUGGCCUUAGUUAUAAUCGUACACUGUUCUAUAGACAUUUUUGGUACAGUUUGUAUAUCUUUAUGGAGCCCUUACCAGGUUGGCUUUCUUGGUUGGUAUAAUGCUUUCUUAAAUUGUUCGAAAGACCACACUUAUUUUGUGGUAACACACAAUCUAGAUUAAACUCAAAAGACCGAAGGUUAAGGUAUCGGAUGUAAAAUGACUGUCUGAACAUUUAAGACCCAGCUAAUUUUUGGUAUGGAGAGUUGAAAUUAAUAUUCAAUCCAUUAAAGAAUUUUUUGUUGAUGUACAAAAGCUGCGAAAUAUAAGUGCAAUACUGCAAAAAGGCAACUUACAUCAGCCUCUCGAGUUAUAAACUCGAUAUCUUGUGUCACCUGUCCAACUUCCUGUUUACAGUCUUUCAUCAGAACUUGGUAUCAAAUGUACUCACUGUCUGUUAUACAUGAUGUCAAAUGGUCAAAAUUGUGCUUUCUUCCCAAAAAGUGUGCCACUCCCAUUUCCCUGUAGAACGCCCCCUGUACCUUGCCCCCUCCCCCUCGUGUCUGUUCUCUAUAUAACGGAGCUUGCAAUCUCACUCUCUGUCACUGUGAUAGAUCUGAUUUAACUUACCUUAUGGUGGGCUCGGCCCAAGACGGACAUACCUAUCUCUAUUUUCAUAUUGAGUUAUGUCCAUAUUGCGUUGAGCCCACACAUUAUGCCAUCAUCUGAAACCCACUGUACGAAUUACGAUACCACUCCAUAUUAAAACAGAGUGUAAUACAGUACUAGUACUGUGGGUUUCCAUGGCAAUGUCCUUGUUUAAAAAACCUGUGGACUUACGCAACAGUAAUAAGAGCCCGGAAAAGUUUUAAAGUAUGAAAAUGAUCCACAGAAAUGGAAGUACUAAUAAUUAUCAAUCGUAUACAUGUUGGCAUAUUUGAGGGCUAUUUUUUUCAAAAUUAAAAUAUUUUAUUUGUUGGUUACUCCUUGCUUUUAACAUUCCAGUGUGUUAAACUAUGUCACUUUUUUGUUAUAAGAACUCUUUUCAGGCUGAAAAAUGUAACAUGCUAAUUAUUUAUUACAAAUUUGUGCUAAUUGUUAUUUUCAACAAAAAAAUUAGAGCUAAGAUUAUGCUUUAUUGUUAAGUGAUUGGCUUUUGGCUACAAAACGUCAUCUCAAAAUCUUCAUGUUUGUUAUUCAUAACCUUCUAUUAGUGUUUUGGUGCAUAUCUUGCUAAAUGAGGACAAUAUGACUAUGUAUAUACAUGUUUAUAUUUGAUGGCGAGUAUCAUAAGAUAUCUUGCCUAGUUGUAUUGCUGUAUAUAGUAAUGUAUAGUGUUAUCGUAAGAGACUUUGCCGUAAUUGGAAGAGAUCUUGCUGUUAUUGUAAGAGACUUUGCCUUGAGCGGAAAAGACUUUGUCGUUAUCGUUAGAGACUCUGCUGUUAUCGGAAGAGACUUUGCUGUUAUGGUGAAAGACUUUCCCAUAACCGGAAGAGACUUUGCCAUUAUUGGAAGAGACUUUGCUGUUAUUGGUAGAGACUUUGCCUUUAUCGGAAGAGACUUUGCGAUUACCGAAAGACACUUUAUUGUUAUCGGAAGAGUCUUUUCCGUUAUCAGAAGAGACUGAAAUGAUGUACAUGUAUGUACUUAGGCUGAUGGUAGCUUGUUGGGUAUGUGAAAGUUUGAGGUUGGCUGCAUUUGGGGAUAAAAACUGCACUUGGGCGUCCUAUUUUCAUGUUUGUUAUAAAUAGUUAUCCCAUUAUAGUUCCAAAGAGACCUAUAACUCAUUCUUGCCUGUAGGAUAUAGAAUAUUUUGCUUGUAAAGCAUUAUUGCACUAUUUGUGUUGUGAAUGGUAAAUUAGCUUUCACAUUUUCGUGGAAGUUACUUUACUUGGGCUUAGAAAUUAGUUAGUUGUCUACUGUUAUCAGCUUUAAAACUGAGUUAAUUCAGUCUUGCGUUUAUCAAACUUUGAUGAGUUUAGGUCAGUUUUACCCCAACUAUGCAGUCAAUUCAAAUUACCACUACAAAAAACCCACUUGCUGAAAUGUGCAAUAUUAUUUUUUUAUACUUUCUUGUAUUUUUUUUUAACAAAUGGACAUUAUUUUUCAACACAUGACAUGAUAACAUUACAAUGUAAAAUAGCUGGAAAAAAACAGUGAUUUUUUUUUUGUUAUUGAAAAAGGGAAAGCUUUGUUAGAUUCCAUCUUGUUUUUGAAGUUAUCGAAUAUUGUUAUAAUUUUGGCCAAAGGCAUGUAUUUGCUGAUAUUGCCAAUAAAAUGAAACUAAAACUGAUUAGUGAUAAACAUCAUGAGUUUUAUUGGAAAAACUGUUAAUAGGAAAUAUGUAAAUAUGAUACGCUUGGCUAUGUGAUGAAAAUCAGUACCCCAUAAUACCCAUAUAUGUAGUGUGAUCAAGGUUUUUGCAUUUUAGCUUUACAUUGUUAGAAAAGCAAUCAAAAGGCCAUGUUUUAUGAAGGCUAGGGUGAUAAGCCCCGCCUUUCUGUGCUCUCAUUUUAACAUCUGAAAAUAAAGGAAAUAAAAAGAAAAAAACACAA